AUUUAGAAGGAACUUUUACAAAAUGUUUUGUUUAUCCCAGCUCAUGUUAUGACACCUUUGAGAAGAAAUCAAUAGAUUAAAAUAAUAUUUCCUUAUUUUAUGCAGGGGACAUCUCAAUUUAAGAAAAAUUACAAGUGGAUUUUCUGGCAAUUUCUAAACAGAUGUCUACAUGCCUAAAUUUUACAUAAUUGGAUGAGGAAAUAGAGAAAAACUUUUAAAAGGACAUCAGGAUUAUUUUAGAUACAAUUUUAGUGCAAUUUAUAAAUUAAAAAAGAUAGUUUUUAAUAUAGCAACAGGAAGUAUGAGAUAUUAAAGUUAAACAGGAACUUUACUUUACACCUGAGUUAUCUUAAUGUAUAUCUAGGAGUGAAAAAAUAAUGUAAACACAUUUUUUGUGAAAGAGAAGUAAAUUGGAAAAAAAUACUUUUCUUUUUCACUUAAAAAAGAAUUGUGCAGGAUGUGAUGAGAGAUUAUCUACAGCUGAGGAAACAUGGUAAAUAAAAUGCCAUGAUAUCCAGCCGCACCAAAGACGAUGGAUUCUAAUCAAAGGAAAGACCGUAAUGGAGUCACACAACGGAAUCUCUAUACUUUAGUGUAAGACUUUAACGAAAUGAUUAACUGUACGUCUAAUUGUGAUACAGAAGAGGAAUAUAGACAUCUGCCUACUAUUAUAUUCCUGGCUAUUAUUAUGGUAUUAUUCAUAUUCUUUUCUGUUUUUGGCAAUGUUCUGGUUGUUUUGGCAGUAAUAAAAACACCAUCUUUAAGAGAAGAAAAGUCAAACUAUUUAGUUAUCAAUCUGGCAGUAACGGACAUGUUAAAUGGAGCCACUGUCAUGUUGUCCACGUUUGUUGCUCUAACGACAGAUACUCGUACUGUUCCCUAUUCGUUAUGUAAUUUUAUGUGUGCUGCAAACUAUUGUUUUAUCAUUUCAUCCAUGAUGACAUUGUGUUUCAUCAGUGUAGACCGUUUAUAUGCUGUUGUUUUUCCGUUAAAAUAUUUAGAUUUUAUAACUAGCAAGACCUUGGCAAUACUUAUAGCUGAAUCUUGGAUACAAGGAAUAAUAUUCUCAAUGGUACCAAUAAUAGAAGAUUGGAUUGAGUAUGACUAUCACGAAAUAACGUGUGCAAUACAGUGGCACAAAAAUGGAGAUGAUGCAAUUUAUUACGUUGUCGUGGCAUUCAUUCUGUGUUUUUUAGGACCAGGUCUUGUACUUGGAAUUAAUUAUAUAAAAAUAUUAAAAGAAGCCAAAAAGAAAAUGAAAAUAUGGGCUGUCACAUUACAGACAUCAAAAAACAACUCAGUGAAGAAGAAAGUUAAGAAAGAAAAUGCUAGCGCUAAAACAGUAAGGAGUUUAUUAAUUGUUGUCUGUGCUUAUUUUAUAUGUAUGACUCCAUUCAGUGUAACAAAACUUAUCAAAGUAUCAUCCAAAAGAGAUAUUAUAUCAGGCCCAGUUAAUUCAACAGCAAGCUUAUUUGCCUUCGCCUCUAGUGUUGUAAAUCCAAUGAUCUACGGGAUAUUUAGACGAGAUUUCAGAAGAGCUUUCAAACUCAUUAUGCGCAAAAGACAGUCUGAAAACAGUGUAACCAGACCUUGCAGGACAUCAUAUGCUAUAGACCAAUCAACAACUACUUGAUAACAUAUAUGUACAUAUAUCUAGCAUUCUGUCAUUGUCAAUAUACAUGUACCAGUAAAAUACAAUUA